ACACACACACUCUCUCUCUCUCACACACACACACACACACUCCUGCUCUCCUCACGUUCCUCGGAUAACGGUUACAUGAAUUAAAGUAUUUUGGACUUGCAAUAGCCACCCUGCUUCUGUAUGGAAAAAAGCCUCACGUGUGAAGGUAUAAGGGCCACAGGUGUGGGACUUGUCGUCGCAAGAGUUCAGUCAUGUUCAACUUGAUCAAAAAGGACAAAGAGAGGGAUGCGGGGCGGAAGAAGGACAAGAAAGACAAGCGCGAGCGGAUGUCUGCCGCGGAGCUGCGCAGCCUGGACGAGAUGAGUAUGAGAAGGGGCUUCUUCAACCUCAACCGCAGCUCAAAGAGAGACUCGCGCAACAAGCUAGAAAUCUCCAACCCCAUCCCGAUCAAGGUGGCCAGCAGCAUGGAGCUCAGUCUCAAUGACAUCGAGUCGGAUGGACUCAGUAACCGCAGCAGUGUGGUGCUUGACUCAGAGCAGCUCAGCGCUGCGAGCUCGAGUGACGAUCUGAAGGGCGACUACGGCAGUUCUGUGCGGGAGCGAGCGGCCAGAUUCGGCCCUCUGGCUUCACACAGUUCACAGAUGAGCCAAAUUAUGAAGCGCUUCUCCUUCUCACAACGGAGCAAAGAGGAAAGUGCUUCUGAAUGUUCCACUCCAUCUGGCCAGAACUCUGCCGCACCAUCACCCCAGGUGGAGAACAAGCUGCUGGUCCUUGAGCGCAAGCAGAGCCUCCAGCAGCAGACAGCAGAAGGGAGGAAAGUUUGCAUCCCAGACAUGGUGGAGAAAACCUUUGCCGCCAAUUUGCGUCUUCCGGCUGUAGUCCCUCCACCGACGCCUGAGAUUCGUGAGCUGGACCUUCAGCGGCGUAACACAGGUGACUUUGGCUUUUCCCUUCGUCGCACCACUAUGCUGGACCGGGCGGCUGAUGGGAGUGUGUACCGGCGAGUGGUGCAUUUUGCUGAACCUGGGGCUGGGACUAAAGACUUAGCACUGGGGCUGGUGCCGGGAGACCGGCUGGUGGAGAUUAAUGGCCGUAACGUGGAGAGCAAGACCAGGGAUGAGAUCGUGGAGAUGAUCAGGCAGUCGGGUGAUUCUGUACGACUGAAGGUGCAGCCGAUUUUGGAGCUGAGCGAAUUGAGUCGCUGUUGGCUCAGGAGCACAGACGUGUUGCGCCGCGAUGCCUUAGACGUAAAAACAGAGGAGCAGAUAGCUGCAGAGCAGGCAUGGUACGGCUCAGAGAAAGUGUGGCUGGUCCACAAGGACGGCUUCUCGUUGGCCACUUUGCUGAAGACGGAGGCGGGCAGCAUGCCAGAGGGGAAGGUCAGGAUCAAACUGGAGCAUGAUGGGACAGUACUGGACGUGGAUGAGGAUGAUGUGGAGAAGGCCAACCCUCCAUCUUUUGACCGCUCUGAGGACUUGGCGACUUUGCUCUACCUGAACGAGUCGAGUGUGAUGCACUGUUUGCGGCAGCGCUAUGGAGGAAACCUCAUCCACACUUACGCUGGGCCCAGCAUGGUGGUCGUCAACCCUAUCAGCGCGCCUUCCAUGUACUCUGAGAAGGUGAUGCACAUGUUUAAAGGCUGCCGGCGUGAGGACACGGCACCUCAUAUCUAUGCUGUGGCUCAGUCAGCUUACCGAAACCUUCUGACCACAAGGCAGGAUCAGUCCAUCGUUCUGCUUGGCAAAAGUGGCAGCGGAAAGACCACCAACUGCCAGCACCUGGUGCAGUACCUGCUCUCCAUCGCUGGCAGCACUGGCAAGAUCUUUUCAGCGGAGAAAUGGCAGGCAGUCUACACUAUCCUGGAGGCAUUUGGGAACUGUGCUACCUCCAUGAAUUCAAAUGCAAGCCGCUUCUCUCAGAUUGUCUCUCUGGACUUUGACCAAGCUGGCCAGGUGGCCUCUGCCUCCAUCCAGACUAUGCUGCUGGAGAAACUGAGGGUGGCCAAGAGGCCAGAGGCUGAGUCGACUUAUAAUGUCUUUUAUUAUGUGAUGUCUGGGGCAGACAACACUCUCAGGACCGACCUUCAUUUGAACCACUUUGCUGAGAACAACACCUUUGGAAUUAUGCCUCAGUCAAAGUCUGAAGACAAGCAGAAGGCAGCACAACAGUUUACUAAGCUGCAGGCAGCUAUGAAGGUGCUUGGUAUCUCUUCUGAUGAGCAGAAAGCUCUUUGGUUCAUACUGGGGGCCAUCUACCACCUGGGAGCUGCUGGGGCAACAAAAGAGACUGAAGAAGCCGGCCGUAAACAGUUUGCACGUCACGAGUGGGCGCAGAAGGCGGCCUACCUCCUGGGCUGCACCCUUGAAGAACUUUCCUCGUCAAUCUUCAAACACCAUCCGAAAGGAACCCUGCAGAGAUCUACCUCCUUCCGCCAGGGUCCAGAUGACCUCGGCGCUGGAGAAAUCCCUGGUACAAAGAUCACAGCUCUGGAGUGUCUGGAGGCCAUGGCUGCUGGGCUCUACACAGAACUCUUUACUCUCGUCAUCUCCCUCAUCAACCGAGCGCUGAAAUCAAGUCAACACUCACUAUGCUCCCUUCUAAUUGUGGACACUCCGGGUUUUCAAAACCCUCGGCUGGCUAAGCGAGGCGCCACUUUUGAGGAGUUGUGCCAUAACUACGCUCAGGAGCGCCUGCAGGCCCUGUUCCAAGAGCGCACGUUUGUACAGGAGCUGGAGCGUUACAAGGAGGAAAACAUAGAGCUUGCAUUAGAUGACAUAGAGCCCAGUACAUCCUUAUCUGUAGCAGCUAUAGACCAGGCCUCAACCCAAGCGCUGGUGAGGACACUGGCGAGGACUGAUGAGGCACGUGGCUUGCUGUGGCUGAUGGAGGAAGAGGCUCUGCAGCCUGGGGGCUCUGAAGAAACUCUUCUGGAUCGGCUUUUUAGUUACUACGGCCCCACAGAGGGAGAGGUCAAAGGCCCUAACCUGCUGCUGAAGAGUGAGAAACAGCAUCACUUUCUGCUGGGUCAUAGUCAUGGCACUGAUUGGGUGGAAUAUGAUGUUCUGGGCUGGUUGAACCACGCCAAGCAGAACCCGGCUUCCCAGAAUGCUGUCACUCUGUUGCAGGACUCGCAGAAAAAGAACAUCAGUGGGCUCUUCAUGGGGCGUUCAGGAGGUGCCACAGUGCUGUCAGGCUCCAUUGCAGGCCUUGAAGGAGGCUCUCAGCUGGCUCUGCGUCGAGCCACCAGCAUGAGGAAGACUUUUACCACCGGCAUGGCUGCUGUCAAAAAGAAGUCCUUGUGCAUCCAGAUCAAGCUACAAGUGGAUGCUCUGAUAGACACAGUAAGGCGUUCCAGGGUGCAUUUUGUGCACUGUUUGCUGCCCAAAGCGGAGGCCCUGAGUGGAGAGCCUCGUGUUCAUGGAGAAAGCUGUGACACAGGCCUCAUGCAGCUAGAUGUGGUGCUGCUGCGUGCUCAGCUCAGAGGCUCCAAACUGCUUGAUGCUCUGCGCAUAUAUCGCCAAGGUUACCCUGAUCACAUGGUGUUCUCCGAGUUCCGCCGGCGCUUCGAUGUACUAGCACCCCACCUGACUAAAAAGCACGGACGCAACUAUAUUGUGACAGAUGAGAAAAGGGUUGUGGAAGAGCUGCUGGAGUUUCUGGAGCUGGAGAAAAGCAGCUAUCACAUGGGUUUGAGCAGGGUGUUCUUCAGGGCAGGCGUUCUUGCUAAGCUGGAAGAACAGAGGGAUCUUCAGACCAGGCGCAACAUCACUCUCUUCCAGGCCACAUGCAGGGGAUACCUCGCCCGGCAAGCCUUCAAAAAGAGGAAGAUCCAAGACCUGGCCAUUCGUUGCAUCCAAAAGAACAUCAAGAAGAACCGGGGUGUGAAGGACUGGCCCUGGUGGAAGGUCUUCACCACUGUGCGGCCUCUCAUCCAAGUGCAGCUCAGCGAGGAGCAGAUCCGCGGCAAAGAUGAGGAAAUUCAGCAGUUGAAACUUAAGCUGGAGAAAGUGGAGAAGGAGAGAAAUGAGCUGCGACUCAACAGUGAUCGUUUAGAGAGCAGGAUCACAGAGCUGUCAUCAGAGCUUGCUGAUGAAAGGAACACAGGAGAGUCUGCCUCUCAGCUACUCGAGUCCGAGACCUCUGAGAGACUUCGACUGGAGAAGGACAUGAAAGAUCUUCAGGCCAAGUAUGACUCUAUGAAGAAGCAGAUGGAGUCUAUGGAGAUGGAGGUGAUGGAGACUCGGCUCAUACACGCCUCCGAGCUUAACGGAGAGAUGGACGAUGAUGACACAGGAGGAGAGUGGAGACUGAAAUAUGAGCGAGCAGUCCGGGAGAUCGAGUUCACCAAGAAGAGGCUGCAGCAAGAGUUUGACGACAAGCUGGAGGUGGAACAGCAGAACAAGAGGCAACUCGAAAGACGGCUGACAGACAUGCAGGCAGACAAUGAGGAAAUGCAGCGGGUGGCACAGCAACUGAAGAAGAAAUGCCAGAAGCUGACAGCUGAGCUCCAGGACACCAAACUCCACCUGGAAGGCCAGCAGAGUCGCAACCAUGAGCUGGAGAAGAAGCAAAGGAAGUUUGACUCUGAGCAGAGUCAGGCCCAGGAGGAGGUGCAGAAAGAGAGAAGUCAGCGUGAGAAGCUGAGCCGUGAGAAAGACGUGCUGACUGGAGAAGUGUUUAGCCUUCGACAGCAACUGGAGGACAAGGAUCUGGAAAUGUGUGCUCUCAAUCUGAAGCUGGAGCAGAUGGAGGCUGAAUUGCAGGAUUUGAACUCUCAGGAAUCGAAGGAUGAGGCCUCACUAGCUAAGGUCAAAAAGCAGCUGCGUGACUUGGAGGCAAAAGUCAAAGAUCAGGAGGAGGAGCUAGAUGAGCAAGCAGGCACUAUACAAAUGUUGGAGCAGGCCAAGCUGCGUCUGGAGAUGGAGAUGGAGAGGCUGAGACAAACACACUCUAAGGAGAUUGAGAGCAAAGAUGAUGAGGUGGAGGAGAUCAGACAGUCAUGUAGUAAGAAGCUGAAGCAGAUGGAGGUCCAGUUGGAGGAAGAAUAUGAAGAUAAACAGAAGGUCCUUAGGGAGAGGAGAGACCUAGAGGCCAAGCUGCUGACCACUCAAGAGCAGGUUAGCCACAGAGAUGUAGAAACGGAAAAGCGCCUCAGGAAAGACCUGAAGCGCACCAAAGCCCUGCUGGCUGAUGCCCAGAUCAUGUUGGACCAUCUGAAGAACAAUGCACCUAGCAAGAGGGAGAUUGCCCAGCUGAAAAACCAGCUGGAGGAGUCUGAAUUCACAUGUGCUGCUGCAGUCAAAGCUCGCAAGUCCAUGGAGGUGGAAAUCGAGGACCUUCAUGUUCAGAUGGAUGAUAUCUCCAAAGCCAAGCAGGCUUUGGAGGAGCAGCUGAGCCGCGUGCAGCGGGAGAAGAAUGACCUGCAGUCGCGCAUGGAGGAAGACCAGGAGGACAUGAACGAGCUCAUGAAGAAACACAAAGCGGCUGUUGCCCAGUCCUCUCAAAGCCUGGCACAGGUCAGCGAGCUCCAGACUCAGCUCGAGGAAGCCAUGAAGGAGAAACAGGCAGUCCAGGAAAAGCUCACUGCACUGCAGAGUCAGUUGGAGUUUCAGGAACAGUCCAUGGUGGACAAAUCUCUGGUCAGCAGGCAAGAGGCUAAAAUCCGUGAGUUUGAGACCAAGCUUGAGUUUGAGAAGACGCAGGUGAAACGUCUGGAGAGUCUAGUGUCAAGGCUGAAGGAGAAUGUGGAAAAACUGACAGAGGAACGUGAUCAACGUAGCACCAGUGAGAACCGUGAGAAGGAGCAAAACAAACGACUGCAGCGUCAAAUCCGGGACAUCAAGGAGGAGAUGGUCGAACUGGCCAAAAAGGAGAAUGAAGCAAGUCGGAAAAAGCACGAGUUGGAAAUGGACAUUGAGAGUUUAGAGGCUGCAAAUCAGAGCCUUCAGGCAGACCUGAAACUGGCCUUCAAAAGGAUCGGUGACCUGCAGGCUGCUAUCGAAGAUGAGAUGGAGAGCGAUGACAACGAGGAUCUUAUCAACAGUUUACAAGACAUGGUGACUAAGUAUCAGAAACGAAAGAACAGAACUGAAGGUGAUUCAGAUUCCUGCUCUGAAGUGGAGGACAGGGUUGAUGGGGUAAAGUCCUGGCUCUCCAAAAACAAAAGCUCUGCCAAGAAUAUGUCAGAUGACAACCUGAAGAGCUCAAGCCCUCCCUCUGGCCGAAGACGCUUCUGCCUCAGCAGAUCCGACGAGGAAGAAGAGGAGGAGGAGAAGGUAGAAAGGCACACAGCCCGAAGCUCCUCCCGCUGCUGAUGCACUUGGAGCAGCUGCCUGAAUGACCGGCGCAAGCAGGAGAUGUGUUCCACUUCUAUACACUCGCAAAUACACUCUUCUAUCUCUCUCUCUCUUUCUCACUCACUCUCCCUCACUCCCCCCCCCCCCUCUCUCUCUCUCACACACACUCUCUCUCUCACCAAUACACCCACAUACACAUAUUCUCACAACUUGCAGCUCAGUAUUGGCAAACUUCUUGGAGUCCUGAUGCAAGUGAGAGGAUCUCUAGGUAGGAGAAAUACUCUAGAGCAUCGUCAUCCAUCUCUUUUCUGCACUGCACACACGCGCGCACACACACACACGCACACAAACGCAGCUCUCACUGUUGAUGUCACUUCUGCUUUCAUGCAUUGUGUUAUGGAUACCUAUACCAUUGAGUGUCAAAGACGCACUACACUGAAAGGUUUUCUUUUCUUUUCUUUCUUCUAUUUUUGUUGGACCUGCUUUGUCUCAUUCCCCUAAGUGCUUUCCCAGAGUGUACUGCAGCGUUGGUUCCCGCCCUGUUCAGCCAGUGGUGCUGCCAGCUGCUGAGCUGAGCUAAAGAAACCCUGAAUUACCUUCCUACGGUGAAAUGGGGAGAUUUGUCCUGUUUGCACUUCAUUAAAAGUAGUAAAAUGGAAAGAAAUACUGUUCUACCAAAAAAAGCCUUUGUUGCAAAUGUGUAGGUAGAUUUUUUUUUUCUUCUCAUGACUUUGUGUCAGUGGAGUGAACGGGUCAAGGAAGUAGUGUCAUCAAUUUAAGUUCAGCUUCCUGCAGGUAUGAGUAAACUCACUCUCUCUCUCUCUCUCUCUCUCUCUCUCUCGCUCUCUUUCUCUCUCUCUCUUUCUCUCUCUCUCACACACACACACACACACACGCUGCGUCCUGAGACCCUGAGCUGUCUUUCCUCAGCGAUCCUGCAGUGCAGUGAAUUCAUUUUUUCAUGCUGAAGAAGGCCCCUGUUUCUCCCUCUCCGUCCUCACUGUGAUUUAAUGUGUUUUGGGAUAUCACACAUCAUUCGCUUGACAGUGCUGUGCUCAUGGUGGAAAUAUUUUGGCUCAGCUGUCAUCAUCUUCCUUUUUCACCAUUGUUCUUAUGCUUAUUUUAUUUCUUGCUCCUAACAUAUGUUCUAUAUUUCCAAAGGGAAUGUACUUGAUCCUAAGUUUGGUGCAGUUUCAUGAUUACAGUACCUUGCCUAUUUCCUUUAAUGACACAGCAGUCAAAUACUGGAAAAUGCAUCCUCUUUAACAGCUGUGAAUGGCUUUUACGUUGGAAUUAUACAGCUAAACGACACACACGUAGCAUAAGCACAUGGAUAGAACCGAUGCUGUGAAUCCGUCUUCCUUUCCUUGUCUCCUUCCUUAUUUCCUUCCAUCCUUGCUUACUUACUACCUUUCUUCUUUAUUUCUUCCCUUCCAUUGUUUCUUAACAAUGUUUCCAAGUUGGACUCUGCAGUAUUUUCAGCCUUACAUUUUACACUUUAGGUAGAUAAAUUCUCAACAUUUCUAUCUCUUCUGUUGUUGCUAUUAUUUUUUGCUUUCAUUAUAGUAUUUAUGGACUAGCAUUAAUGAAUUGAGCAAAGUUGCCAAAUGCACACCGUUUUACAAAAAAAGCAUGGAGUGGAAAGACUCGCUGCUUUUAUUUUAUUUUUGAAGGGAGCCAGCAUUUGUUUCACAUGGUUUUUAUGAACUCUCAGAGGUCAGUGAUUUCAUCUUCUUUUCCACACAGUCAUUAUUACUUUUAUUAAAAAGAGUGUGCGUUUUAUCAUGUUUCUGGCUCAAUACAAAUGCAAGGCAAAAAAGAUACAUAAUCUGCUGGCUGUACACAUUAAUAUGAAUAUAUAAGUCUGUAUGAUUCAUCAUAGCUUUUAAAAUAACUCAUGUUUAUUUUCUUUAUUGAAUAAAUGACCACUUGUUAGAAGUAAUAAUUUUUCCAUUAUGGUUUAUUAUGUUGUAAAUAAAUGAUGGUGAUUGUUA